UAUGAAAUAGAAGAAUAAGAAACCUAUCUCUGAACUUUUAAAGCAAAAAAGAAUAGCUGAGUAAUAAUCAUAACUUCCUCAAUAACCUUCUUCACCUCCAUCUCGAUCAUCUUCAUCCUCUUCAUCUAAAACAUCUGAUCCAUAUGAAGACAGUAGUGAUGCUGAAGACUAUGAGGAUUAUAAAAAAGAUGGUUAUCAUCCUGUAAGUAUUGGAGAUAAAUUUCAUAAUGGGAGAUUUUAAGUUAUUCAAAAACUAGGAUGGGGACACUUUUCAACUGUUUGGUUAGCACAUGAUAAAUAAUCUGAAACACAUGUUGCAUUGAAAAUAUAGAAAAGUAAAUAAAGUUAUUAAGAAAGUGCAAUUGAUGAAUUAGAACUUUUAAAGUAUUCAAUUCAUAUUAAUAUAGGGAUUUAUAGAAGCAUUUAAAAGAUGAAAAAUGGAUUUAGUAUUAAGAAUAAUUGUCUCAGAUUCCUAAAUUAGAUUAUAAAACUUUAAAAUGGGGUGAUCCAAACAUUAAAAAUACAGAAUAAGAUAUGGAUAUUAAAGUGAAAUUGAAUGAAACAUAUUGUGUAGAAAUGGUAGAUAAUUUUAUUCAUUAUGGAAUGCAUGGAAAACAUUAUUGUACAGUUUUUGAAGUCUUAGGACCAUCUUUAUUAGAUUUAAUUAUACAUUUUGAUGAUUAUGAUAAAAGAAUGGGUAUGUGGUUAGUCAAAUAAAUUACUAGAGAACUUUUAAUUGGAUUAGUGUAUAUGCAUGAAGUAUGUAAUAUCAUUCACACAGAUUUAAAACCAGAAAAUAUUAUGCUUUAAUUGAAACCAUCAAAUUUUGGAGAAUUUGUAGAAUAAAUGAAAAUGGUUAAAAAGAAACCUAUUAGUAUGAAAUUUUUGGAUAAAUUAAAAAAAUCAAUGAAAACAACUAAUAAAAAGUAAGAAAAAAGAAAAAAGUAAAAAUAAAAGAAACUAUAACAAUAAUAAGAAAAAGAUUAAUAGGUAUAAAUUGAAUAAUAAUAAUAAUAAAAGGAUAUAUAAUAAUAAGACAUAUAAUAAUAAUAAAAGGAUACAUAAUAAUAAUAAUAAUAAUAAGAAUAAUAAUAAUAAUAAUAAUAAUAAGAUAUAUAAAAAUAAUUAAGUACAAAUAAUAAUGAUAUCAAAGAACACAUAUAAGAAGAUUUAUCUAUAGAAUAAAAAAAUACUUUAGUAAAUGUAGAAUAAAAUUCAACAAAUAUUACAUCUGUUUAACAUACGGUUUAACUUGAACCAAUUACAGAUGAUGAAUCUGAAUAAAUAUCAAAUGUAGAUACUAUCUAAAAUUAAGUUGAAUAAUAAACUAAUCCUGAAAAAGAAAAUUAAGAGUUAUUAUAAAAAGAAGAAGUUCAUCAUAUCCAUAAACAUAGAAAUUUACAAAAAGAGAAAGAAAAAGCUUUGAAAGAUAAAAAGAAAAGUCACAGUGGAGAAGAAGAUAUCUCAUCAGAUGAAGAAGAUUAAGAUUGGAAAUCAGAUGAUUAAAGUGAUGAAUCAGAAUCUAAUGAAGUUGAUGAAGAAACUUUAUACACUUUGAAGUAUUUAUAUCUUUUAUUUAUAAUUAGAUGGAAAGAACAUAUCAAAAUAAAGUUAGAUAGAGAUUUAUCUAUAAAAAUUGUUGAUUUUGGAAAUGCCUGUUGGACCCAUAAACAUUUUACUGAUAAUAUACAAACUAGAGAAUAUAGAGCACCUGAAGCAAUUUUGGGAAUUGAAUAUGAUACUAGUACAGAUAUUUGGAGUACUGCUUGUAUUGUAUUUGAAUUAAUUACUAAUGAUUAUUUAUUCAAACCUAGAAAAGGAAAAGGAUUUAAGAAAUCAGAAGAUCAUUUGGCAUAAAUGAUGGAAGUUUUAGGAAAAAUGAAUAAAAAAUGGGCAUUAAGUGGUUCAAAUAGUAGAGAAUUCUUUAACAAAACUGGUUAGUUAAUUAAUAUAAAAGUAUGGAUUUGAAUUAUAUAUAGGAUCUACAUCCAACAUCUAUUAGUAAAAUAUUAAUGAGUGAUUAUGGUUUUUCAUAUUCAGAUGCAAAUUAAAUAGAAGAUUUUCUUGUUCCAAUGUUAGCAUUUGAACCAAAGAAGAGAAUUACAGCUAGAUAGGCACUUUAGCAUCCUUGGUUAUGGUCUAAAUGAUC